AUGGGUCGCCACUUUGGAAACUUGGCCAAGGUCAGACAUGUGAUCACUUACAGUCUGUCCCCCUUUGAGCAGAAGGCUUUCCCCAACUAUUUCUCCAAGGGAAUCCCCAACGUGUGGAGAAGAUUCACAGCUUCUUUUUUCAAAGUCGCCCCCCGUGAGUGUUGGCAUUUUCACACAUUCACUCAGUACUGACAUGAAAAGUUGUGACAGAUUUUUGGAAUUUUCUACACAAAAUCAGUUACAAAACAGUAUUUUAUGGGAAGUUUUAAAAUAGGUCAAUGUGCUUAAACAAAGAGGAGAAGCUGGGCACAAUACCUUAAUGCCACGGCUUAGUGUGCAGUGAAAAAGAAUAAUUUUGCAAUAGACUAUCUCUGUUUUUUUUUUUAACACAAUAAUGCCAAGUGAUUUAGGGAUGACAUCAGCAGUUGUAACUUUGAUGUAGCACACAUCCUAGAAUUCAACCUCCAGAGUGGCAUUUAAUUGGUUUUCCUUACAAGACGCUUGGUUAAUAAUUUCCACAAAAAGAUCUGAUCUGAACCAAACCAGGCAUUUUCUUUUCAGUCCAAGACUCACACUGGUCUUUUGAAGAGAUCUGCAGCUCUGAAAAAAACAGCUGUAAUGUUUUCUUUUUAAAUUUCAUCACUUAAUACUGAGUCAGUGGUUGUUUAUUGUAAUGUUUUCAUCAGCCUACGAACAUUGCCUUUUUUCUUUUUAUCAAGUUCUGUCUUAACACAACAGGUUUGGGUUUAUCAUUUAUAAAGUCUGUAUUCUCUGUUAGGUUAGUGCCCAUUCACAUGUUGUGGCUGCAUGAGCAUGGAUUAACGUAAACUUUUAAACUUUUUUUUUUUUUGUUGGCAUUUAAAUGUCAUUUUAAGGCAACAUUAGCAACAUUAUAUUUUACCACGUAGUUUUUAAAUUUGUAUUACCAAUUAUAUAAAAAUGUCUUUGUACUGCACAACCAUUUGUUUCUAGAUGUGUUAUAGGUUCAGUAUGUCACAAAAAAGUUUUUAAAAACAAGAUGAAUAACAGAAAUAAUAAUUUUUGUUUAGCACUUUUUAAUGCAGAGACAUAAAAUAAGAAAAACAAACUGAUAAUAAAUACAGAAAGGGAAUGAAAGCAAAGAGACAAUAAAAAUAACAGACAACUGAAAUGAGAGAUCAAUCUUUUUCUAUUAAGGUGUGUCUUGAAAAGUGAAAUAAAAGGAGGCUCUCACUCAUCAAGUCUAAUCUUCUCUGUUAAGAAAUUUUUACCUAGUCGUAACUUUAAACACUGAAGGUCCUGGUGCUGAUUUUCUCACUCUUUCUCUUGCAGCCAUGACAGUAAUGUACCUGACAUACAGCUGGGGCAACAGUGUCCAUGAGCAGGGCAAGAGGAAGAAUCCUGCUGAUUAUGAGAAUGAUGAAUAA